CGGUCCGGGACGGCGGCGGCGGUGGCGACAGCGACAUGGAGAGCGGGGCCUACGGCGCGGCCAAGGCGGGCGGCUCCUUCGACCUGCGGCGCUUCCUGACGCAGCCGCAGGUGGUGGCGCGCGUCGUGUGCUUGAUCUUGGCCUUGAUCGUGUUCUCCUGCAUCUUCGGCGAGGGCUACAGCAAUACCCACGAGUCCAGACAGAAAUACUGCGUGUUUAACCGCAACGAGGACGCUUGCCGCUACGCCAGUGCCAUCGGGGUGCUGGCCUUCCUGGCCUGUGCCUUCUUCCUCGUGGUCGACAUCUAUUUCCCCCAGAUCAGCAAUGCCACUGACCGCAAGUACCUGGUCAUCGGGGACCUGCUCUUCUCAGCUCUCUGGACCUUCCUGUGGUUCGUUGGUUUCUGCUUCCUUACCAACCAGUGGGCAGCCACCAAGAUGGAAGAUGUGCUGGUGGGAGCCGACUCAGCCCGGGCAGCCAUCACCUUCAGCUUCUUUUCCAUCUUCCCCUGGGGCGUGUUGGCCUGUCUGGCCUACCAGCGCUACAAGGCCGGAGUGGACGACUUCAUCCAGAACUACGUGGACCCCACUCCAGACCCCAGCUCGGCCUACGCCUCCUACCCAGGUGCUUCCGCGGACAACUACCAACAGCCACCCUUCACCCAGAACGCCGAGACCACCGAGGGCUACCAGCCGCCCCCUGUGUAUUGAGCUGCAGCCAGGGAGGGUAAGGGGAGCAGGGAGGGCACCCGGGGCCUCUCCUCCAUCCUGGACUCCUCCCAUGAGGCUUGCCUCCCUGAGCUGCUGGCCCCUCUUGUCCCGCCUGGUGCCUGUCAGAGCCGAUGCACAGCCUGCCUUGCCUGCCUGGCUGUGGCCAGAGCCUUGGCCUGAAGUGCCGAUGCCUGAGGGCUUCACCCACCACUCCUCAAGGGCGUUUUUUAGAAAACGGUUUUUAGCUAGAUGUUUGGUCAUUGCUUUGAGUGGUCCCCAACCCCACCCAGCGUAGCUGGGAGUGCCUGACACGCUGUUUUGACAAGUGCCUUAGCUUCUCCCCAGCCCCCAGGAGCUGUGCCCAGGUCCAGGCCGUGGUGGCCGCAGUUACUUGGGGUUCUCUGCCAAAGACGAGGCUGCGGGGCCUUCCACUGCUCUGCUGCUGGUGCUGGGCUGGGUCUCCUUUUCUCUUCACUCAGGUUAUUCCUGCCCCCUGGCGCCCCUGCCCCCCGGCGCCCCUGUCCCCCCUGCUCUGAGAGCCGGCAGCCCGGUGCUCACUGCUGUAGUGUCUGCUCGCUCUGGGACCCAGGAUGGCUACCCCGUAGCCAAUGCCUCUGGGCUGCCCUCCUGACAGCCUCGGGGUGGGCUGGUGCCCACUCCAGGGGACAGCGGGCAGCACUUCCUUCUCCUUGCUCCCACCCCUUGGCAACAGGGAGGGGCUUUGCCUGACCGACAACACCCAGCUUUAUGUAAAUAUUCUGCCACUGUUAGUUAGGAGGUGUGGGGCACACCCACAGCACCCCCAGCCAUUCUGAAUGUAUUAAAAAGCCGUGGGGGAAGAUGCACCCUUGGAUUCUGUGAGACCGGUUUGAAGAUGAAAUAAAUGUUUUUCUCAUUCAUAA